AUGGACUACGGUGGGGUGGUGGGCAUAGAAGGAGGAGGCCUUGGAGGUUCGUCCUCGCAGGGGGAGUCGACCAGGCAGAAGGUGGGCUUCUUGGGAUCUGGUUUCCACACCAGGCACUUUCCGGCGGCGCCGCAGCGGGGGAAGGGCUUCUCUUCUUCUUCUUCGUCUUCUUCUUCUUCUCUCUUCUCCGACGGGAAGCAGCAGCAGAUGAUGAUGAUCAACUUCUCCUCCCCCAAUGGCGGGGGUUCGCCCUACUACCACCACCAGUCCUCUGCGUCACCCCUCUUCUCUCCGCCGUCGUCCCACGGGCGGAAUGCAGCAGGUAAGAAAGGGGGAGAAUCUCCUCCGGGCCGUGAAUUUCUUCUCUCCCUCUCGCUUUCCGGCGAGUAAAUGCGGUUAGACUUUCGGUUUUCAAUGAGAUCGUCGUCAUUCUCCUCAUCCUGGUCUGUUCAUGGCGUGCUCGGAUCCUCGUCCUCGUCACGUCUUUUCCCCCGCAUUUUGCCUUUUCCAGAUGGUCCUCCUGGUUUUCUCUCUCCCCCCCCCCCCCUUCCCGCACCCCACACACACACCCCCGGUCGCCUGCUAGGGUUUCGUUUGAGCGAUGGCGGAUCGGAGAUGAAGAAGAAGAAGAAGAUGAUGCAUGGGGUUUUGGCAGGUGUCAGCGGGCCCUUCACCCCGUCCCAAUGGCUGGAGCUCGAGCACCAGGCGCUGAUCUACAAGUACCUCGACGCCAACAUGCCCGUCCCCGCCAACCUGCUCGUUCCCAUCAGGAAGAGCAGCCUCAACUCCUCGGGCUUCUCCUCCUACGCCGCCGCCGCCGCCGCCGCUGCUACCACCAUGAGAACCACCAAUUCCGGUGAGAUGAUCAGAUCAGAUCAGAUCAGAUCAGACUUGUUCCUCCAUUCCUCCUCUUUCUGAUCCUCCCUCUGGAUGGAUCCUCACAGUGGGGUGGGGAGCCUUCCACGCGGGCUUCACCGGGACCGCCGAUCCAGAGCCGGGGAGGUGCCGGAGGACCGACGGGAAGAAGUGGCGGUGCUCCAGAGACGCCGUCGUCGAUCAGAAGUACUGCGAGCGCCACAUGAACCGCGGCCGCCAUCGUUCAAGAAAGCCUGUGGAAGCCCACUCCGGCCACCCCCCCGCCAAGGCCGCCGCCCCUCCGCCGCCGCCGUCAACCCUGGCCGUAUCCGGCAUUGGGUCCUCCGCCGGCCUGGGGAUCGCGCCGCCGCAGCAGCAGCAGCCGCAGAAGAACAGGUGAGAAAAGCCUCGGAAACCCCAGGGUCGAGCAGACUUGAGAUUUAUAUAAAUAAUAUCUGGGUGCAGAUUUGCCAUGGCUGCCGAGCAUCUGAGCGACCAGCUAUCGUGUUCUCCGACGAGGCAGAAACUUAAGAAGGAGGCCUCGUCCACCCUCCCUGAUCAACAAAGGAGCCUGUUCCAUGAAUUCGGAGGGAUCUCCUCGGAGAACCUUCUCGGCCCUCCGAGGAGCUCGUUCAUGGAGAUGAGGAGCGGAGAGGAACCCCAGGAGGAUCAUCCCCUGCGCCAUUUCUUCGACGACUGGCAGCAGCCCAAGGAGGAGCCCUUCCGGCCGCCGUCGCUGGCCUGGCCGGAGGAGGAGGCGGCGCCGCCGUCCUGCAACUCCCCCACCGCGAGAGACGGAACGACCACUCUCUGCCCACUGAGGCUCUCCAGGGAAGCCGACCACCACCCCGUCUACAUGAGCCUCGCCAUUGGCGGAGCCCAAGCCCCAAACGAAGCUCACCAGAGGCCGCCGAUGGCAGGGAGCUGGAUUCCCGUCUCCUGGGAGCCCUCGAUGGGGGGGCCUCUGGGAGAGGCCCUCAACAAGACCAGCAGCAACAACCCAGUGACCGGAGAUGGGAUCAAGACGGCGGCGGGUUCUUCAGUGCUGAAUCUCAUGGCGGAGGGCUGGUUGGGGUCGUCCCCCACCGGAGUCCUGCAGAAGGCCGCCGUCUUCUGCUCCAUGUCCGGUAGCACCGGCAACAGCCCUCCGGCGGAGACGCAGCAGAUGACCUGCGAGAGCCCCAGCUGCCUCUGCGACGACCUCCUUCUCGCUGGUCCACCCCUGUAA